GGGCCCUAGCAGCAAGUCCAGUCCAACAAAGAAAUCGCUACGUAGAGAGAGGAAAACUAAAAACAAAAACAAAAACAAAAGCAAUUUUCAGAGAAAUUGAAGAUUCAUCAUCAAUCAGGUUGGUGGGAAAUAAAAUCCCCUGAAACUGUUGAAAUCAAUCAAAAUUAGGGUUUUCAUUUUCAAUCUCUGCGUAAUUGUGAGAAAGACGAAAGAUGUGGCACGAAGCGAGAAGGUCGGAGAAGAAGGUCCACGACAUGAUGGACGCGGCUCGAAAACGAGCUCAGAGACGAGCCGUUUAUCUUGCAAAACGGCGCGGUGAUCCUCAACAAUCGAUUCAGGUCGUUGGUUCUCGUUCUCGAGCUUAUCGAGAUGAUGCACUUUAUCAAGCCACCGAGGAUCAACAGGGCCUGAUACCGUGGAAUGGGAAACAGGAUAUUUUGAUUGACAGAUUUGAUGGGCGUGCUCUCCUUGAUUUCAUUCGGGAUAGUAGUUUUAGGCGUGUCCAGGAAAAGUCUGAAGAGGAAGAAGAAUUAGAAGAGUUUGUUAAUUUUGAGCGUUAUCGGGAUUUAAUAAAGCAUCGGCGUAGAGGAUUUACCGAUGAGGAGGCUUUGCAACAUGUAAAUCUAGAGAUGGAGGCCAAGGCUACUGCUCCAUUUGCAUCAGACAGAUCUAAUGUGUCACAGCCUGCUGCAAGCAAAGGAUCUUACUCACAGGUUGGGUUUUCUUAUGAAGCAAAUGGUAAAGAGGAAUCCCAGAUUUCAGAUGACGAUGAUGAUGAGGAAGAUGAAGAUGACGAGGAUGAUGAGGAUUUUAACAGUGAUGAUAGCAAUGAUGAAGGGAUGGAAAUUAUUGCAAAAGAAUAUGGGGUCAAGAGGUAUGGUUGGCUUGUUUACAAGGAUAAAAAAGCCAAGGAGGAACAAAAAAGGCAGAAGGAGAUAAUCAAAGGUGAUCCAGCAAUUAGGAAACUGAGUCGUAAGGAAAGAAGGAAGGCUUCUCAGAUUGAAAGGGAGAGAGAGCGAGAAGCUACACGGAUACCAGGAACUCGUGUGCUACAUCAUGACCCCUACCGGGAAUCAAGGCAAAGUCCUACUUACGAAGCUUAUUCUCGUUCUAGAAGGUCAAGGUCCAGAUCACGUUCCUACUCCCCAUCCUAUGCAAGGCGUUAUUCACGUAGCAGUCAUUCUGAUGAUAUUCUCCGAAGCAAACCAAGGACCCCUAAAAUAGAAUACAUAACUGAAUUCGGGGGCUCUGGAGAAGCAGAUGGAACCAGGCGUGAAGGAUUUUCUCCACCGCGAUCUCCUACAUCUCAAGUUGAUACGUUAAACCGGUCAUCAUCUGUUUGCAUACUCGAAGCAUUGCAUGUCGAUCCUGCUUCUGCUGUAUCUAUUGAAAAGGGUGAUAAAGUCUUGAAGCCAUCCGUAAGCACAUCUUCAGGCUCAGCAUUAGCAAAGUUAAAGGCAAGUGGUUCUGGAGGUCUCUUAAAACCUCAACCAGGGGAGAAGAAAGAAACUCCUCAAGAGAGACUGAAAAGGAUCAUGAACAAGCAACUAAACAAACAAAUUAAAAAAGAUACUGCUGCAGAACUAGCCAAGAAAAAAGAACAGGAGCGACAGAGGCAGGAAAAGCUUGCUGAAACUAGUCGGUUGAGUAGGUAUAGACGUCGCAGUCGCAGCAGGAGUUACAGUCGUUCCCCACCAAGAAGAUACAGGCGUAGUAGAAGUCCAAGUAGAAGCAGGGGUUCCAGAAGAUACCACUCAAGAUCUCGCUCGCGUUCGCGGUCCCCUUCUCGCACGCAUUCACGUUCCCCUUCUCGCACCCGUUCUCGGUCCCCUACUCGCACCCAUUCUCCUCCCCGUUCUCGCUCUCCUUAUUCUCGUUCUCCCAGGACAAGAAACCGUUCAAGGCACUGAUGAAACACUAUGCAUGAAAGGCUAAUGAGGCUUGUGUGAAAUCUAUUUAUAUAUUGAUCUUAUUGCUCCGGAGGGGUUAGAGGGAAACACCAUGUGCUUAGUUGUGUUGAAGUUGCAGCGGGCAAUCUUUUUGAACAUGUCACUUUAGCAUUUGCUAUUGUAUAAUUUAAUAUUUACAGAUUGCGAGUAAUUUGAUGUGUCGAAAGAAAAUGAUAAUUGACUUUUGCGGAAUCCAAAUUUGUAACAUUCCUUGAAGUUGUAGUCUUCAAAAGAAAAUGAUAAUUGACUACUGAUAUUUUGUUGAA